AUGUUCCAGACUAUGCUCAAGCAUGCCAAGAAACACCCCAGCUUGAUCCCUCUGUUCUUGUUUGUGGGGACCGGAGCCGCGGCUUCAGUUCUGUACGCUCUGCGAGUGACGAUGAGAAGCCCUGAAGUUUGUUGGGACAAGAAGAACAACCCGACCCCCUGGAACAAGCAGGGCCCCAACUACCAGUACAAGUUUUAUAACGAGACGAUUGACUACAAGAAACUGAAGAAGGAAGGACCCGACUUCUGA